AAACUACAAAACAAGAAUCAACAUGGCGGCGCCCUUGUGUCACCCCAUGGUAUGUCAUCUAAAUUCGUAAUUUAUCUUCGUAUGAACCACUAAAUUGACAGGCUGGCUUAGCGAACAUGCUGACAUCUCCAUAACAAUAAAACAGGUAAUCUUGUAGCCAUGAGUUUUGGAGCACUUUUCAGACUCGGUGGUAGACAAACCUGUGUCUCCGAGCUUUCAUCGCUCAGACAACUUUCAAACGGUGUUCGCCGUAGCUCGAAAAAUGGGAACGACCCGCCUUCCACCAGUAAUGUUACAUCUCACGAUCCAGAGAUUGAUGUUCCUGAGAAGCAACAGAGACCCAAAAGAGAACCGGGACAGGUGUCGGUCCUCCUCUUCCCAGGCCAGGGCAGUCAGUUUGUGGGUAUGGGACGCGGACUGUUGAAGUAUGGAGCUGUCCAGGACAUGUUCUCAGUGGCGCGGAAGAUACUUGGCUAUGAUUUGCUCUCUCUGUGCCUUAACGGACCCGAGGAGGAUCUCAUAAAAACAGUUCACUGUCAGCCUGCUGUGUUUGUCACGUCGCUUGCUGCGGUUGAGAGACUAAAUCAUGAAAACCCAGCCGCCAUAGAGAACUGCGUUGCUGCGGCAGGAUUUAGUGUUGGGGAAUUCGCUGCCUUAGUUUUCUCUGGUGCCAUGGACUUCGCAGAAGCUCUGUAUGCUGUGAAAAUUAGAGCCGAGGCUAUGCAGGCAGCCUCGGAGCAGACGCCCAGCGGCAUGCUGUCAGUCAUUGGCAAACCACAGGCCAAGUACAACCACGCCUGCCUUCUGGCCCGGGAACACUGCCAGUCCCUGGGCAUCCAAGACCCUGUCUGCAUGGUGGCCAACUAUCUUUUCCCAGAUGGGAGAGUCAUCGCUGGGCAUCAGGAGGCUCUGGACUUCCUGCAGAAGAACUCGCGGCAGCUGCACUUCAUGCGCACGCGGCGGCUCCCUGUCAGCGGAGCCUUCCACACGCCACUGAUGGAGCCGGCCGUGGAGCCGCUGCGAGCGACGCUCAAGGGCCUGGACGUGCGCCGGCCGGAGAUCGCCGUCCACUCCAACGUGGACGGCAAGCGCUACAUGCACGACAAGCACGUGCGCCGGCUCCUGCUCAAGCAGCUGGUGUCGCCGGUGAAGUGGGAGCAGACGCUGCACGAGCUGUUCGAGCGCGGCGAGGGGACGGCGUUUCCGCAGACGUACGAGGUGGGGCCCGGCAGACAGCUCGGGGCCACGCUGCAGAAGUGCAACAUGAAGGCGUACAGGAACUACACGCACGUGGACGUCACUGUGACUGAGGAUGAAUAAGUAACAGCAUAGAAGUAGACAAAGAUAAUGUGCUCAUAUAUUCCCAAAUGCCUACUACAGAAACACACACACACACACACACACACACACACACACACACACACACACACACAUAUGUAAAAGACUGGAUUCACGUGGGUGUCAAUAAACAAUAUGACAGAACACAAUAAACUAUUUUUUUACUCAAA